UGGCAGCUUCCUUCUACGAGUGAGUUCAUAGGAUUCUCAUCAUUUGAGUGGCUGGCUUCCUCUCGGGAUGGACGGACCCUUUAAGACUCCGCGAGGUCCGAGCAAGCUCAGUUCGAAGUACAAAAGGAUCCUGGCUUCUCGUAAUCCCGACGAAUCCAUGGUUUUGGCUGGUAAUCUCGGUCCAAUCCAACCUCCUCAACCGCCAGAUGCGAUUCGUUGGGAAUCCACCCUCAAUCUUCAUCGUCGCCGUUUGAAAUCGCCCCUGCCCCACCCGAUCGUCUCCGAAUCCUCCAUCAAUGACCCUGUGCUGAUCCCAAUGGCCACUUCCCACCAACCUCACCGGAUUCCUCGUCCAGAUUUCCAGGAUUUGGACGGAGUCUCCAUUUUCACCGAGGAUCAAACCCUGUAUCAUUCGGCACACGAGGAGCCAUUGUGCUCCUCGUCAGCCUCAGACACGCCUUUGGACGCCCAUAUCUUUUUCAGUGUGGAUCGAAGGCGCUCUUUGGCCUUUCAGCGACGACAACCUAAGCCGAUUUGGGCCUCGGACAGCGAAGAUGAGUCUCUCGAGCCUAAAAAUCGCCGUCAAUCGGUCUUGGGACGCAAUCCUGUCAUCUUAUUGUCUUCGGAGAGCGAUUCGGAGGAGGACGUGCCUCCGAUCCCGCCUCCUGAUUUGACGGACCCGAGCAAGGAACGCCUGGUCGGCCAAUGGGUCCAGACCAGUCCGUUUCACUCGCCUCAACCCUUAAGUUUGUCGGAUUUUGAGGCUGAUGUGGAAGAUGAGAGUGAUGAGGAAGAACCUGCGGCUAAUCAAGAUAGUCCAUUGACAUCUGAAGCUACCAGUAAACGACUCUCGUGGGCCGAGAAUUGUGAGGGAUACCCCAAGAAUAAUCAGCAGAGUUUUUCCCAUCAAACCUCGUUCCCGACCGUAUUAGACGAGUCAUGUGGCCCAUCCAGUGAUGCUCAGAGUGAUCCGGAUUCUGAUUUAACGAAAGACCGUUUUUCGAAAGCGCUGCAAGUGUCUCUCACCACGGAAGAUGAAGAACAAGAUCCGGAAGUGACCCAAGACACAGUCAGUUUGGAGCCCAGCUUACUAGGAACAGAACCUCUUCACUUGCACUUAACGUUGUCCACUCAAUGUUCCACCCCUCCAGUCACUGAGAAGUCCAUUGAGGAGACCAAGGAAUCGAGUAGUCCCGAAGAAGAGACCCGAUUUCAGCAAUUUCUUCAAAAGCUCAAACGAGAUCGGGAGGAACGGGCUUUUCGAGAAGAGAAUACUCAACGACCCAUCGAGGAUUUCUUGGUCAAUGAUAGCGAUGAAGAGGCUCUGAUGCCAGUAGGUUCGCCCCCCAAAUCACGAUAUUUUCAAGAACCGAUUGCUCUAUCGAGUUCCGAUGACCGUUCGGAGUCAUCUCCGUUCAAAUCGAAAAAUCGGAACAGAAAGUCGCCGCCGAAGAAUAGAGUGUUGAGCGAAUCUGAAGAAACCGAUGAAUCGUACAAAUCCAUAUUGAAGACCUUACCCACCGAUGAACGAAAGGUGAAAACAUCGGUCGAAUCCCUAGCCGAAAGUUCGACAAUUUCAACCAUUGUCAUUAGUGACUCAGAUGACGAAAACAAAGAAAACCAGCUGCCAGAUAUUCCUUUGCCUCGAUGCAAACCGAAGAAAAUUGUAAAACCAAAGAAACCCACUAAAACGGUGAAGACGAAGGACCCUGCCACUAAACCCAACCGUUUGAAGCCCAUAUCAACAACUUUGAGCUUCAUGGAAUCACUGUCCCUUCCAUAUGCUACGGAAAGAUGCCACCCAGAUGCCACCAAGUACCUCACCAAGUUCCAGACCCAUCGAGAUGAACUCGCCAGGAAACUGUACAAACUGUUUAAUGAACAGAUCUUUGCCAUGUCCCUGCCUACGGACAUGGAGCUGAUGUGGAGUCCACGCCUCCUAAAGACAGCUGGACGAUGUUGGCAAAAGUCGAGACUAAUUCGAGGCGACCCUCAUCGCUUCAGUUCCAUUGAGUUGUCAUCCAAGGUUCUGGACUCCAGUGACCGAUUACGAGACACACUCAUCCAUGAGAUGUGCCAUGCUGCAGCCUGGAUCAUAUCGGGUUAUCGAGACGGACACGGUCCAAUUUGGAGAGAUUGGGCCAAUCGGAGCAUGAGGGAGUUCCCAGAACUGCCCAUUAUCAACCGUUGUCAUAACUACGCCAUACGGACCAAGUUCACGUAUCGAUGUGUGAAAUGUGGAUAUCAAUUGGGUCGCCACUCAAAAUCGUUGGACACGGAUCGGAAAGUGUGCGGGCUUUGCCGCGGACGGUUCGAGUUGUUGGUGAACCGGAAAGCCGGAGCUAAUACAGAGACCCCGGGUCGACGAGUCGAGCCCACCACGCCCAGAACGCCCAAUAAGUUUGCUCUUUUCGUGAAGGAGAACUACAAGCAUGUUCGAUUACCGGGCGUGGAUCAUAGGGACGCUAUGAUGAUGCUCAGUUCUCAGUUUGCGUUAUCGAAGAUCUGUUAAUGGAUUGGCAUCCAUCUUGGAAGUCUUUUUUUCUUCAAUGCAUUACAGAUUGAAUUACGGUUGCGAAGAUACCUCUCCAAACAGUGUCUUCUCUACGAGGCCCCGUGAAUUAAAGUAAAUGACUUGGCGCAUGCAUUUCGAAUGCAAGUUCUGGAUCAAGGAAUGCUUGGAUUUCAACAAUCUCAUAAAAUAUUUGAAUUGAUAUCUUGCUCUUUUUUAUAUCUUCGUGUCACAUUGGAAUAAUAAAGUCGAUCUCACGACGAUGCACACA